CACCCGAUAAUGGAAUCCGUACACGGCGUUGACGUCAGUUGGGCCCAUCAGCCAAACAGAGACAGAGGUGCGCUCUCUACCAAUGCCACACAGUCCAGCUCGCAUACUCACGCCGGAGCAGAACACCCACAGCAUGAGCCCGUGGUUCACCGAGCCCCCGGCACUCCUAACGACAACCCUCCGCCCGUCUCGUCGCACGCUCGUUCUCGCUCCUCUUCGNCCUGUAGAAUCAAAGAAGGCACCACCACUCCCCUCAAAGCCUCCUUCUCCGCCUCGAAACGCUACACCGACUCAGCCCCCGUCUUCAAACUCUACCGACUCGUCCAAUGCAGCAGCCAAAACUNNUCGUCGCGUCGACCCGGUAUCCUCAGUCGCUCUUCCUCCCAACGAGAGGGCGCCGAUGGUACCAGGAGUUCACGUAGAAACUCGUGGAUCUCCAAUAUCAGCUCCAAGUUCUCGUCGCAGGCCCCUCCGUCUCCAAGCGUGCCCCAGACUACCAAGUCACAGGCCAAUGGCACGAACGCGGGUCCAUCCAGCCAAUCUGCGAGAGACAAUCUGGUCACGAGCCCCACACAACCGACAGCGAAUCGCGAGGCAGAGGAACUACAACCGUACGUUCCGCAAAGGCCAAAAGAGUCCAACAGCUCCUUCUUCUCCAACCUUACCCGCCGUCUGUCUUCCGGCGCUCAGAAUGCCGGGACCUCCCGUCCUGGCGAGAACGGUGGCAUGUGCCCGCGACGCGUCUUGAACACCAACCAGAGUCGCGAACGCUGCCUUUUGCCAGAGCUGGAUUCUGCCAAACUACGACGUGUCGCCUUCUCAGUCGAUGUUGAAAUCGCCUCUGGGCCGCGAUACAGAGACGACGAUGCUGGGGACGCUUCGAAACAGAAGAAAGCAAAGGACAAGAAAUUCAAAGAACGUGGAGAAGGAGAGGCUCUGAAAAAUCCGCAAGCAGUCACCGAACGCAAAGAGCAGUCUGAUGCGGCUGCUGCUUCUGCCGACGAUGNNCUACUGCUGCUAGAACCAGAUCGCCCGAAACAGGUCCUGAAACUAGCGACAAAACCACGACCUCUGAAGACAACUCGAGUUCGACACCCGAAGAAGAUGCUGCGCGCAAAGAACGGAAGGAGAAAAAGAGACAGAAGGNCCGAAAAUAGUGGCCAACUUCCUCGUGAACUGAAUGGUGACGUCUCUCCGAGGCAAGUUUCUUCAGCCAACCAGACCCCUACGGCGUCAGGUGCAGCAACUCCAAAAGACCGUCCAACGACCGAUCCUGUGAGGAUAUACAGAAGAUGUUGCCAGCUCAGAGAAUCGCCUAUUCUGAAACGUAUCACCGAGCAGCUUAUGGCAGAGGACUGCACUUCGCCCGAGGAUCCUGGAACUGUUACUCAACUCAAUCUCACCGGAUCCCGGCUCCAAUUGGCCGAUUUUGUGACUCUGAGCGACUGGCUCGCAAUUGUUCCUGUGAAGCGAUUGUUGCUCGAGGAUGCAGACAUUAGUGACGAGGGACUGCGUGUCGUCCUGUCUGGACUGCUCGCUUCCAAAAAGCCUCAGCCUACUAGGCGGCGAAACGGUGCUCGUCAGGUUCCUGCCAAACCUACGGGUGGAAUCGUGGAGAAGCUUACCCUCAAGAACAACCCGAGGAUAUCGAAGAUCGGCUGGAAGCACAUCUCUAUCUUCUUGUAUAUGUGCCGGUCGAUCAAGGCUCUCGAUGUUUCGAUGCUAACCUUCCCUCAAGAACUACCGCCAUCUGAACCCAAUUCAAACAUCAAGGCACCUAGUCAAAUGCCCAAGACCACUGGCAAUUCAGUCGAUGCUGCGGAGACCUUGUGUAAGGCAUUAUCAGGAAGACUUGGCGGAUCUCGCCUUGAAGAAAUUAGCAUGGCAGAAUGUGGACUCGCACCUCAUCAGAUUCGUAAGAUUGUUGAUGGAGCCACAGUGUGCGGCGUCGCCAGACUUGGAUUCGCUGGUAACAAACUCGAUGACCAAGGGUUCGAACACAUACUGCAUUACGUGCGAUCGGGCGUCUGCCAAGCUCUCGACGUGGGCAGUAACGACCUCAGAGGCAAGCUUGGUAAGCUUGCAGAGGCCCUAAAACACAACCCUGAUUGCCCAGUCUGGGGCCUCAGUCUUGCUGGCUGCAGCUUGGAUACAAAUUCAUUGAGGGAACUCCUACCCACCUUGACAACAUUACAGAACUUCCGCUUCAUCGACAUCAGCCAUAACAGGAACUUGUUCGUAGGUGAUACUUGCACGCUCCAGUUACUCAGGAAGUACUUGCCCAAGCUGGACAACUUGAAAAGACUGCACCUUAUCGACGUCGGUCUGUCAGUGAAGCAGGCCAUAUCAUUGGCCGAGUUAUCUGCAUUGUCUCAGGCGACCGACGAGGACAGCCAGGAGGAAGCUUGCGCUUUGUAUGCUUCGCUUUGCGCUGCUGCACGAGUGUCAAAUUCACUUGUCUGCAUUGAUGUUGAUGUUCCUGGUCCUGGCCAAAGCGAGGUAGUCAAGGCGUUGGCGAAGCAAAUCGUUGCAUACUGCCUACGUAAUAUGGACAGAACUAUGGCUCAAUCGUCUCUACUGCCUGCGGCUACCAUGCUUUCCAAGCAACAUGGAGUCGAGGACGCCAGACAGGCACCAGUUCCGGAUGUGUUGGUACAUCUCGUGGGACACCUGGACGGAGAUCGACUAUCCGACGGCAGCGACGACGAAACAGCACCAGAUGAUGAUUACAUCGUCGGGGGUAAUGGCAUCAUCAAAGCUUUGGAAUACUUCCUCGGACAAGACCAGUUGGACAAGCGCAAUGGUAGCAUAUCGCUAUCAGGAACCACUACGCCGCGAGACAUUGGCAACCCAGCUCAAAGUGAAGUCAAGAGGAGAGGAAAGGCCAAGGAGGUCAGUAGGAAUCUGCUUGACAGUGCUCGCAAGCUCCGAAACCGCUUGAAGCCUGCUUUGGCCAAGGAGUUUGCGGCCGGUGAUGAGAUGAACUACCGCCGUCUGCUCUUCCUUGAUCAGACCUUGAGUGGCAUGAUUGAAAGAUUCGAGGAUGAGUUCCCGGAGACUCGCCUCCAUCUGGACCUACCACCACACCAGCAAAGCUUCUCUCUGUCCUCCUCGCUGGAGUCGACGGAAUCUGGACCGUUAUCCAACGACUUUAUGGCCAGCUCUGCUACCACAUUCGGAACAGAAACAUCGGCUAUCGAGUCAGAUCAGGAUGAAGAACUGCAUGUCGGUGGCAGUGGCUCUAUGAGAAGGAAGGCUAGCGACGUCAGUCUGGCAUCGAGAGCACUUGCAAUUGAGGAAGGACGCAUCCAUCGUCUGGGACACAAAGUGCGACAGGACAUUAUCGAUGUGCCGAUUGGUGUACAGACAUCCGAGCCAGAUGCGCACACGGAAUGGGCACCAGGAUCCCAUAUGGCUGAGAUUGCCUCCAAGCUGGGAGACAUUUCGGGUCCGGAACUCCGGGUGAUGCUAGACCAGAAAGGUGGAUGGGAGGGAGUGAUGGAGAAGAUGGGGGCCAAUCUGGAGGAGCUGCAGCAGUUGCAGAUGAAGGAUCCCCAAGGAUGGGAGCAGUUCAAGGAGAGUCAGCUCAAGGCGCGGGCUAACCGGGGCGCACCGAUCUUCCUGUGA